CGCUAACACGAACGUACGCGCAUCAAAGCUGUCAGUAACGCGCUGCUUGGGAAAGAGUUAGUGUCUAGGUUGUCCAUAUUUAAGGGUUGGCGAAUUAACGUGUAAUAAUUAUGUUAUCCCGGUUGUUGAAGGAACACCAAGCCAAACAAGCUGAGAGGAAGGAAAUACAGGAACAAAGAAGAAGAGAAGCAGUAACUGCAGCUACACGCCUGACUGAAGCCCUGGUUGACCAUCUGAAUGUUGGAGUGGCGCAGGCUUAUGUGAACCAGCGGAAAUUAGAUCAUGAAGUAAAAGCACUACAGACCCAAGCAACACAGUUUGCCAAGCAAACUGCGCAGUGGAUCAGCAUGGUUGAAGGUUUUAACCAAGCACUUAAGGAAAUAGGUGAUGUGGAGAACUGGGCAAGGAACAUCGAACUGGACAUGAGGACUAUAGCAACAGCUCUUGAAUAUGUCCACAAGGGGCAGCUCCAGCCUGCAACAUCAUGAAAGUAGUUUGAAAUAAUACUUUGGUAUAAAUUUUGCUAUAGCAUUAUAAGGGCUGUUUGAACUCCUUCGGGAGCGAAACCUGUACAUAACUUGUGGCCUGCCAUCCUGUGAUGUGAAUAGCAGCAGUAUCAACUCCAGCUUUGUAUUGUGUUGGCCUACUGAAUAUUGAGAACAUAAUUCUAUAUCUGCUGUCUUUCUGUGUUUGUCAUUUUAUCCAGGAAACCUGAACUGUGUACCACUUAUGCCAAAAUCAGGUUUUCUUUCUGCCCGGUAUGAGUGCUAUACAUUUUAUAUAACUUUUUCACAAAGUGAUUACAGUACAUUUUAUGCACUGUUAUAUGUGUGUUCUCUCUAUUUUGGAAUACUUUCUCUGCCUUUCUAAGUGAUGCUUGCAACUACUGGGCACCAACAUCAAUUUGCUCAAGUGAAAGUGCACUUCAGAACACACAGAGCUCAUAGUUGUAUAUUGGAAAUGUAGCAUUAAAGGUUUUUGUUGUCCAGACUACCAAAUACAAGAACCUGAUAGGGUGUGAUAAAGCAGAUGUUUAGCCAUAAAGAAAACAAGACUUGGCUGUGUUGAAUGUUGCCUUUGUUUUUAGGAACUGGCAUGAAUUACUAAUUUUUCUAAGCCUUCUUAGGUAUGCACAGUAGCCAGAUAUCUAUGCAUCACCAUUUGGUAAAUCUGGAAAGACCUGUGUGUUUCAGGUGGAAGCAGGGUUAGCAUAUGGAACCAUUCUGUUUUCAAGUUGGUGGUUAAUUUUGCUGCUCUUGCCAGCUGCUUGUAAGUAACAUUCUAAAUAUUUUAUCAGUGUAGGUGCAAGUGUAGUAUCUGAAUUAAAAAAAAAAAAUCUGACUUUGUUUUUAUGAUAUAUUUUUGCGUAAGUAUCUAGUGGUUGCACUGUGGUACAAACUGCUGAUAACUGGAUUAGUAAGAACUAGAAAUUUUUAAACUGAUCCAGAUACUACCUAGAUAACAUUUUUUCAGUUCUGGCAUUGUAUUAAAUUUUUAUGUAUUCUUUUUACAUAACGUUGCCAAUUGCAGCACAACUUUUCCUAAUCAAGGAGACAAAUACUUUAAAAUAAGAGUUGUGGGUGUCACCACAUUGUGGCAAUGAUCUUUGUACCUGUGAGGGCAGUAUAUUUUCCCCUCCGAUAAGUAUAUAUAAAAUCUCUUAACUGUAUGGUACAUUAUAUUUUCUCAGUAAUUUCACUCUGCAUUAAAGAGCCUGAUGAAAGUAGUGUGCACAAUAUUUGUAAGCUUGUAUAACUGGAUGCUGUUGCAUCUGUCAAAAUGUUUUUUUUCCUGUUGUGUGAUGAAACAUAGUGAAUACUUUGUGGGUGCUCCCUCUCAAGUUUCACAGUACUGACCCCAGCUGAUGAAGUCUCUCUCAUUUGUUUGUGUCCAUGUGUUCUCUUACUGGAGUAAUACUUGGAUUGUGAGGGGACCCAAGCACCAGAGAUACUUCAGGGAAGAGUUAUUUUUAGUGUUGCUUUACACUUAAGGGUCAGGGACAGCCUUGCAUAGAACCAAAUGAUUGCCAGAGUUAUGGUUUUGCAAGAGCUUCCUCCAGUUUCUUUGGAUAAUGUCCAUUACCUAGAUUAUUUGGCAAUCUGUUUUGCAGUUCACCUGCCCACAUUGGGGCUGCAGUAGAACUGGAAAUCAAAAACGACUGCCACAGAUAUGUAAACCACAAAAAAAAUGUAUGUACCUCUAGCACCUCAGUACAAAUGCUUUCCAGGACAAGUUAUGUUCUCCCAGCACAGUCCCUGUUCUCCAUUUAAAUAUGUAACAGUCACUUAUUUAUCCCACAAGGACCCUCCCGCUCUUGGGAAUACAUUGUUAAAACCGUUUGGGAAAUACCUGGAGUGGUAUUAUUUGUUAAUGUAGUGGUGUAGAACUGGGAUUCCCGGCAUUAGGCUGAGGCUUCAUUCUGUAUGUUAAUCUGACAAGGAACCAGUACAUGCAGUAACAUUUUGAAUACCUCAGUGACAUAAGCAUGCUUGCCCUGUCUCUUCCUUGAAACAGUUCUGUCCUAAAACACUACUACCAGCUUUUUCCUGAGGUUUAAGCAGUUUAAGCAAGAAUGUCAGCAGUUCAACACCCUUACUUCUUGCAUCUGCACAGUUCUAUACCAUACUGGCCCUGUGCAACACUAGGGGCUGCACCAGGAAGCAUGCUUCCCAUUUCUUAAUUGCCACUAACACAAUUUGCAUUUCACCUAACAUGUCAUUGAAAAGGUUACUCAUUCAAUGUCAGGAAAGCCAAGACUUAUCUGUAGUUGCUAAAUUAUUAACCGGGACCACCACAGAAGCCACCUCUUGUACCAAGAUCUAGACCACAAUGUGAACACCUGUAGAAAGUCCUAGAGCCUCAGCACAGAUGCCCAAAAGAGAGUUUAGAUGCUCAUGGUCUUCUUCAGUGCUCACACACUGGCUGUGAUGGACAUUGUCCAGUGCAGGCAUGGUUCUAUUGGUCAUUCUUGAGACUCUAAUCAGGAGUUGAGAGGCCUGAGGUACACCAGACCUCUAACAGUGUCUUGAUCUUUUUCUCUGUCCACCUUCCUAGAGAAGGCCUCCAAGACCUUGCUGAAGGUGAAUUAUUGUAUUUAUAAAUGGUUUAACGUGCCUGUCGUCUGUAGACAGCCAGACUGGAAAGAAUGGCUGCCUGGACACUUGCUCUAGGACAGAUUGUUUUGAAAUGUGCUGUCUCAUGUAGUCAAAAUCACUACCACCUGGUUCUUUGAUGUAUAGUGGGCUCCUUAGUCUCCAAGAUAUAGUUCAGAGUUUGACCAGUGACCCAGGGUGGUUCUUUUUCUACUGUCCUUGAACUGAUACUAGUUUGCUAGAGAAGAUUGUGAUGUAGCCAUGUCUGCUGGGAAUUUGGUGCUCCUAUGGCAUUGGACUUGCUUGUUCUUCUAGAAUGAGAUAAGUGAAUGGAUGAGAAGAUACGGUAUAGCAGUGUCUUCCACUGCAGUGGCCUGUUGCAGUGCCAGUAAAGUGCACUUCCACACUCAAUCUGUGCUGUUUCUCCUGCCUAACAGUGUGAUUAACAUUUUUUUUGUGCCUGCCUUGUGGUAAAGGCAUAGUCAGGCCUGCAGGAUGUUAGCAGGUAGCAACAUUAUCUUCCACUGUCGUAGUCUUGCUGGGUAAGGACCUUUGAGGGUUUAAAACUGAGGAACCCUCCUUGAUGUGUCCUGUGGUUGUUAAUCCUUUUGACCAGCAUGCCCCCACAGUAUGUUUUGUCUGAAAGUUUCUGCUGUUUGGGUGAAUACUUCAACUACUUAAGUUGUCCCUUACACCCACCAUUUUGUGACAGUCCAACAUUUCAGAUUUCAGUCCUUGCUGGUAAAAAUGUCCUGUGUUCAUGGGUCCUUUUUAUUUUUCCUGUGUGUUUUCUGAAUUUGAGUAGAAUUGUAUAAGGUGGCAUCUGGUAGUAAUACACUGGGAGAGUGUCUUUCAGCACAUUUUGGAUGGAUCAGAGUUUACCUGAGACUUUAACUGGAGAAUUGCUUAGGGAUUUGUAUGUCACAGAGGAGGGAGGUAUGCAUGGUCUUUGGAUGUUCGAGUCCUCCGUAAGUGCACAUCAUUCCUGGAUAACAGGUGCUUGGUUCUACUUCUACUGCUUCAUCACUGUAGGGCUGGAUGUAAGGCCAGGGGGAGUUUGCCCCUUGGGAGGUACUUUCUGGGGCGUUUUCCUUUCCUUUAUGCUUCAUAAUCAGUCUUGCGGCUAUAUAGUCUGUGUGCGGAGAGCAUUCCUUGGAGUCAUGGAUUGGGUGUUUUCGGGGUGGAGGCAGCUGCUGCUUCUAGAUUUCGAGAUGUUGCCUAUUCACCCCCUUAGAUGGGUCAGAGGGGUCUCAAGAUGAGCCUGUCCUUGGUGUUCAGCUUAGGCUUUUGAGGUGUCGGGUGCUUGUUUAACUUUUGGUGGGAUCUAGAAUUGUGGGUGUGUGACUUUGCCCAUUUGGCAUUUGGUUGGAUGCCAGUUUCUGGCAUUGUUCAGUCUUCUGCUGUUCAUUGUGUGCUUCUGUAGGUGCAUACAUGCCUGCCUCACCCAGUCUAACUGUCAUUGUACAGAAAUGUGUAAGCUAGACCUCAGAGUUGGAAGAUUCAGGGUUUUAGACUUCAGAGUUUAGGGGGUUGGAGCUCCACCUCUGGUGAUUUUUUUUUUCAGGGGAGUCUUUGAGCCAGAAAAAGCUCCAGAAUUCCCUUAUCUGGCUAAUUGUGAGAUGAAGCCUCCUUUUAAGGAACUUUUGUGGUGCCCGAGCAUUUUUACCCAUCCUCAGACCUGAGGUGCUUCCUUGCCAAACUAUGUGGUUGUCAAGUCUCUUAGAGCUAGCAUUUCUUGAUUAUUACAGAAAUCUAAAAGCAUCCUUAUUCUACUUGCUGCUGCCCUGUAUCCUCCUUCAGCAGACUGGAGUGACAUCUUGUCACAGUAUCCCAAGGUUGAUAGUUUAAUAUUCUUUUUUGGCCCACUGCUUGCUAGCCAUCAUCUCAUUUGUCACCAAUUUGCUUAUUUAUUCCUUUUGCAAGGCAGGAGCCAGUUAGCCCAUUUAUUUCUUCUGUAGAGCAAGGCUGUCCAGGCAAUUGUCAGGAGUUUUUGCUGUACCCCAUUUCCUGUAGCAACUGAGUGCACAAUACUGGCUCCUGCAUAUGUGCAUUGCUGCUUAUGCCUGGUUCCAGCCACAGCAUAUGAUUGCUUGUCACCCAUGCUCUUGCCAUGUCCUACCUACUGCUGCUAAACACCUUAUACUGCUGAUAAACCUAGCCUCCCCCAGGUGUAAGUACAGCACUGGGGGUUAACCUCACAUUCCCUAGCAUAAGUGACAUGGUAUUGGGUGCUCCCUCCUUUCCUACGUAUGUAGCCCGUUCAGUGCCCAAGCGAGUAGCCAAAAGUGGGACAUCUUGGUCAUACCCAGGGUUUUAUGCCCCUAAAAACCACAGAGCCUUUUUCACUGCUGAUACUACUGGUUGUGGCAGGCAUUCAGUGUGACUCAAGCCUGCACCUGAUUAUUAUUGUGCAGCAGGCAGAUUGGGCCAGAGAAGGAACACCAUAAACAAGAAGGUGUAUUUUUGCCAUAGUGGGGCUUGAAAUCCUUAGCUUUGCAUCUUUCCUGUCCAUGAGCCAGGACGUCUUUGCUGAUGGGAAUAUUUAACUACUGUAGAGAUCCUCCCCAAUUCUGUGAUCACAGCAAAUGUCUGCAUCAGUCUGGAGACUGUCGUCAUGAUGCUACAGCCCCAUCUUAACACGUGUUUUUAUUUUCUACAGUGGAUGCCUUGGUAUGGGCAACAGGUACAACCAUGUUCCUGCUGCUUAUGGUUUGGCUGUAUUCAUUGUCCUCCACCUGAAGAUUACCUUGAUAGUCUUUUGCUGGAUUUUCCCCAUGAGAGAAAUGGGCUAUUUGGGCAGUCUUCUGUUCCUGCUUAACACCUUCUUUGGUGUGUUACACAGAUUUCCUUGCUUGCGAUGGGGGGGGGGGGGUCUUUGUCCUUGGUGACUGUUUUCACUCCUUGAAGGAUGAGGGACACCUUGCAGGUACCCUGAGUAUAGGGUCAGGACUGCCCCACUUGUUCCUGCCUUAAUGAUCUGUCAGGCUUGUCUUGAGGGUUCCCUUCCGUCUCCUCUUCAGCAAGUUCAGUUUCCAGUAUCACAUCAUGUGAAAGAUGGUUCUGUAGUGAACCCCUGGAAAGGUGGCACUUGGCUGGAUUAUUCCAUUCUUCCCUUUCUCAGCAGGGUUCAUUGGGGAAACCUUAUAGCAUGCUUCGACCCCCAUUGCCUUUGGAGGGGGAGGAGAGGCUGCCUCUCUCCCCUUGAAAGAGUGCUGAUGUGUCCUUUGGCUUGGAAGUAUUAUGUCUUCAUCCCCCAGAGAGUAGAAUGGCCAUCUGUCCAGUACCUGGAGAAAGGUCCAGUGGAUAAUUGCUUUACAUAGCCCACUCUUGGGGGAGGGGGGAGCUGUGUUCUCUACAGUGGUUCAGGUGGACUUACCUACCUUUUCCUUUCUGGAGGAGGCCUUGAAGUUCCUCAGUCUUUGAAAUUUGUAAGUGCUCACCACUGGCAGUAGCUUGAUGGGAGUAAAAGUGUUUUUCAUCCAUUACUUGUAAUACUUUAGUAGGAGUUGCUGACUGGAGGGGGGUGUCCAGUGAGAACCCUUUCAGUUCCACUGUGGAAAUCCUUCAGAGUCCUUAUUAGGCUACAUUGCCCUUUCAGGCUUUCUGUCUAGAGGGCCUUCUGUUUCUUGCAACUGUCCUUACUCUGCCGGCCAUCCUCAUUUAGGCUUUAUUCUACUGUGUAUGAGGUAGCUCAGAUUCUAAAAACUAUGCUGCUGAAGUGAAUUAUUUUCCCCUUGGCGUACUAGUUCUUGCAUUCUCCAUAUUUGGACCAGUUUAUUUCUGGGUGUUGGACUAAAACAUAAGUUCAACAGCGGAGAGGUAUUUUGAACCUCUAACCUACCUAUGUUCCUUCUGCUAGUGUCUUCGAGGCAAGAGUCUGGGGUGAGGUGGCUUGGGUGAGCCACUAAUUCAUCCUGUGGGUCCUGAAUCUUUUUGUGUGUCAUUCUGGUUGAGACCACUUUUAAGUUACUUCCAUUCUCAGCAUGGCAGGGGUCUUUAUAUGGGUCUUGGGUGCAGGGGGGCCCAGAGCCCAUGCCUAUCCCUACUCCUUCCUCACAUGAAGCUGUGGCUUCUGAGUUAGGGUAUCACUGUAUUUAUUAGCUAGUAUGAUAUUCUGUGGUCAGCAGCUUGUGGAUACUUCUCCGGCACCUCCUGAAUGUGAGAACCUACCCUAAAGGCCAGUUCUGGAUGGGGUUUCCAUUUAGAGGCAGAUCAUGUUUACCUUAUUAGAAUGUUUGUGACUCUCCUCUCUCUCUGCUGGAUUGGUAAGCUUUUGGGGUGGGGAGGUUGCUGUUCAACUUUUCUGAUUAACUUCAUGGUAUAGUUUAAUGGCCCUUUUCUUUUCUGGUAGUUGAGGAAGGAUGCAGAUCAUUGUUGUCUCUUGGUAGUUGGUUAAGCCCCAGGGCCUGGUCUGGGUAGGUACCAGCUAAUUCUGUAGCAGGGCUUGUGACCAAGUGUUUGGGAGUGCAAAAUACUUUUGUGGGACUGCGCCCUGUAGGAAAAUGACCUAAUGUCAUCACUAAACUCAGCACAGACCUUCUUACCCUUAUGUUACCAGUAGCAAGCAAACGCUUCAGUGCUGGUUCCCCAUCACUUGACAUUCUGUGGGUGAUUGUUGUACACUCACCCAUGAGUGGGCUCAACCCUGAAGCUGGGAAUGGGGCAUGGGAUGUCUUCAGGUUUAUUUGGAAAGUCUGAAGACUUAAAGAUCAUGGUCUGUGAUAUAGAGGCUCAAUGAAGCUCAUCUGUGUAGCUCAGCCGUAGUUUGACUCUUCCUGAUGAAAUCAUAAAGUUCAGUAGUUACAUUGUUGACUUCUUUCACAUACCCUUCUCUUUUUUCCACCAGAAUGUUGAAAAUGCGGACGUCCUGAGUCAUCCAACCCAAAGUUAGCUGGGCUGCUGUUCUGACAGCAUGGAAGAACUAUGGCUGUGUACCUGUGACCCCUAAGAAGAGCACCCCAUACAAGCCCCAUCUGAGUGGGUACAGUCUCUCAGCAGGCAUCGUAGUGUAUUCAGUCCAUCUUAGGUUCCACAUAGUAUAACAUUCUAUUUCUCUUUCCUCAAAGAGCUCAAAUCUUUGGAGAGUUGUGGUAAGUGAGCCUUCUAGGGAUUCUGAGUCCUCCUGUUAUCUCAGCUGUCUAAAUUCCAGUCCUUUCGGGUGGACCACUCCCUGGGAAAGCUUAUGGACCUUCUUCAACCUGAGUUCAAUAAGAAUGUGAUUCAGGCUCUUCUGCUUUGAAAGUGUGCUUCCAUAUAACCAGCCCACUGUAACUUUGUACUGUUGCUGUGACAAGGGCCACAGAAUCACUUUGUGCCAGUACAUGAUGGAGUGGCUGAGACCAUCUUCCAUGCAGGAACUUCGACUGUGCCCUCCUUUUCAUCUUCCAAUAGACCCAGCCUAUGAGAUAAAAGGAAGAAGCCUUCUUGCACUGUAAGAAAAACUCUUAUGCUUUACAUAGUUUUGCUACCUCCAGUUCUGACCAGGUUUCCCAAGAAGGAUAUUUUAACAGCUCUCUGCAACAGUUUUGACCGUAGUGGUGAUGGUGUGGGUAGGUCUGUAAUUUCAGGCAUAUGCAGAAUGGUCUGGUUGAGACUUUCUUCCUUAGUUCAGAAUUUCAUGGACAGAUGACCCCUUUUAAGUGGUAAGUUCUUUUUUGACUUUUGUCAAAUUUAAAAUAGCUUGAAGAAAUGUAUAGUCUUCAGUGAGAAGCGAUAUGAAUAGAGAGAUGGAAUCAGCAAGAGAAGGAAAGUAGUAUUGCUGAGAGUUCAUCUUAAAGUCUGAGUGAGUAUCUUCACAUGGUGGCCCAUGUUACUUUUUUACAAAAUCUUACAAAGAUUAUAUUGAUAUGUAGAAUGUAUUUUUUUUCGUGGAGAAAGGUUAAAAAAAAAUAUUUAAGAAACUGAAAUGGUCCCAGAAUAAAUUAUCCAGUCGUGACAUAUGCACUAGUGCCUAAGACUGGAAAAAGGCAAUACAGAAUUCUCUGAAUAUGUAAAUAUUCCUGCCACAGAGCUAGGCCAUACUGAAGUAUCCUCCCUGUGGUGGAAGAGAGAUGUAGUUAAAAAAAAAGACAGGAUAUUCAAAAGGCAUAUAGGCAAUAUACUGGUGAAGAUGAGAAAGUGGUUAUGCAACAAACACAGAAUUUGUGCCCAAAGUAAACACCUUGACCAUUAGACCAACCCCCAGCCCCACAGAUGAUAUGUAGGAAGAGGAAGAAACAAAUAUUUGUACAAAAAACUGUUAAAGAUCUUAAAUUAUCUGUAGUUUUUAAUGCAACAGAUCAGAGAAUUUCAUUACCUAGAUGAAGAAACACUAGAACACCCGAUAGAGGAAGUGACAGAGGAAUAAAAAUUAUAAAAGGAUCUAUAAAAUUUAGAUAAUCAGAAAUGUUGAAGUCAUUGAUCUGAUGUUGUUGAUCUUCAUUCAUUCCUUACUGAUGGGUGUCAGUUCUGUCCCCGGAACUGAGUCAACAGUUAUAAUAAGCUCGUGCCAGCCAAACACCUCUCGAGCUAAGUCUUACCCAUAGUGCCCCUCUCUAUAUUACCUCAGGCGUUGUUUGCCUCGUACGAAUCAAGCUAUCUCUCAGCUAAGUCCUUGAAAGAUUUUUUGAAAAUUGUCACUUGUUAAACCUUCCUUUUGUUUAUUUUUAUAUACGUUGUUAGCCUAUUGUUAAUCACAUAUUUUCGCUUAUUUGUGUGUGUGUGUCCCUUUUCUUUCUUCCUUUUACCAAGUUUGGUACUCUUUGUACCAUUGCUGGUACAGACCCUCCCUUACAUCUAAGAUAUUUCCCAUUACCAUUGUAUUCCCAAAAAAAAAAAAAACUCCUUUCUUCUACCUUGUUGAGAGUGAGUUUUCUUUCUGCUUUUGAUCGUUUUAGCUUUUGUGGUUGAAAUGUAUACUUUUUUGUGCCAAUAUAUCUGAGAAAAAGAGUACAAAUGGUUUUAAGUGCUGUGAUCAGUGUGACAGGAAGAUGCCUUAUAUGGCCCGCCAUACAUCUCAUGUCUACUUUCUCGGGGUGCCACACCUAUCUGUAAAACCCCCUUGUGAGAUUUUUUCAAGCUUUUAGCUCCCGCACGCUGACGGAACAUAAAAAUAAAUUUGUUAAGUCUCCUUAAAUCUUCUUUCAUGGAGGCAAUCUUUGAGGCGGUGGGUUCAUCCCCUCCAAAGAAAGAGCAUAAAAAAGAAAAGUGAGUCCUUACUCUCCUCUCCUCACAUGAGUGAAUCCAAAUCGUUGGAGCCAAAAGCAAAAAUCUGUAAAUUGGCACCAUCAUCCUCAGCACCGGGGCCUCAAACCCCUCCAUGGUGUCAUCUUCAGUUCCAGCACCUCAGCAGAUGACUAUGGUGCCGCCCUUGGCACCUAUUCCUCAGACUUCAACACUGAUUCAGACAGCAAUACCGACUUCCCUUUCGGCACCUGAAAUCAUCCCAACACCGGUCACUACCCCUCUACCUGUACGUCAUGCUGGUCCUUCAGCCUUGGUGCCGAAAGGUGAAAUAACCCCUCAGACCUAUACUCCCCUUCGGUGGAUUCGUUUCUUGGUAAACAAUGUAGCCCCUUCUUAGAGCGUCCUGAUUCCCCAUCGGGGAUAUCCACCCACUCUUCCCGGAGCCUUUUGCAACUGGACAUAGUGAGGCUUGUGGAUCAGUUCCUGGCAGCCAGAGGUUUUCCAACACCCUCCAAAUCUUCCCUCCCACCUGGAGUCAAGGAUUUUUCUCCACGGGCUCCUACAUACUUUCCUCCUCUGAUCUCUCUGUAGGUAUCGGAGCCUUCGACACCAACGCCAACCCUGGUUCCAGCUUCUUCAGCACCAUUGGUAGACCUUAUCAUGGCUCCAGAUUCUACCUUUUGGCCUUCAACUCACUGUGAUCAUUAGUGUGGCACCUAUUUUUUCCUUGGUGCGGUCUACUACAGUUCCGGUUGUGGAAUCUGGUCCUCCUGUGGCUUUUUCCCCUGGGAGUGGAUUCAUCGAAGCAGCAUGUGACCCCAGUCCCAAGGUUGUCUUUCUCUGUUUCGGGCAGACCUGCUUUCCAGGUGAUGGAGAGGGCGCUUGCCUCGGCAGGCUCCCAACUGGUACCUUAGGUGCCAGAGACCCAUAUUAUACCUUUCCUCUGAGCCACAGUUGACAGCCCACUACUCAAGGACACCAGGCAUAGGAACCUCAAGACAUCCUUCCAUAAGGUACCCACUCUGCAGAGUCCUCCUCAAAUGCCCCCUGUCGAGGAGGUGCCUCGCAAAAGAUCAUGCAGGCGGAAGCAGGUGGAUUCCCCUGAAGAAUCCCUCACUGAAGAUGCAGACUACGAUGAAGGGGAAGGGUCCCCACAGUUGUCCCCUGAGGGAUGUCUCUUUUGGAGACAUACUGGAGAUCCUAAAGCAGCAGGGGGACUGGACGUCCACCACCCAUUCCUCUGAGGAGUCUGUAUUCUUGCAGGCUUUCCGAGCCCGGCCCUCUACUUCCUGGGUUGACCCCGCCUGCAGAUGACCUGGUUCAGCUCAUAGUGCAGCGCGUCUGGAAGAAUCCGGAUACCAUUUAACCUAUUCCCCGGAGACCAGACAAAAUUCUUUGUCCCCCAGAGGACAGUCCACUCUGGUACAAAGGCCUGCCAUUAGAUGCUAUGUUUGUGGUGGUGGCCACUAAGAAAGAGCUAGUCGAGGAGAGUUCUACUUGUCCAUCCCCCUAGCAGGGAGUCUCUGACAAUAGACUUGGGAAGCGGGUGUAGUCUUCAGUGACCUUCACCAUCUGGCACACUUCACCUGGCUUUAGAGAGAUCUAAUCUCAGAACUCUCAGAAACCCUUGCAGGAGCAGUUGCUGAAGGGGUACAUGACAAAGUUGCCUCACAGCUUGCCACCCUGGAAUCUAUUUCUAACUCCUCCAUGAGGGCGAUUUCUCAUUCUACCGAAGGUGCAGCUAGAGCAGCAGGUGCAGGCGUCGUCAUGAGACAUCACACCUGGAUGCGCUUAUGUGAUUUUGAGGAUCCCUUUAAAUUUUCCUUCUUGAAUGCCCCAUUAAAGGCCUCUUCUGUUUUUGGCCCUAAGGUAAAAUACACUUAAACCAGGUGUGAAAAGGAUGGUAAGACUGUGUCUACAGUAAGCGUAUGUUUUUCCACCCUUCCCAAUGAUCCUAUUCUAGGAAUCAGAGGAGUGGAAAAUGUGGUAUAAGAAAUCCCAGGGUCCUUUCCGUGACACACGUGGUGAGUCGUCCCCCCCCCCCAGAGCAGAGGGGGCAACUCAAUUGGAAGAUGCCCCUUCAGAGGCAGGGGGGGUCCGUGUAAUCAGGGAUCCAGAGAUUCCUUCUUUGGACAACCCUAUCAGCACUCCUGAAGAGCGGCUGUAUUGCUUACCUCUAGAAGCAGUCAUCAGAUGAUUUUCUCUGCACCACCUUGCCUGGCAAACAAUAACCACAGAUAUUUGGGUGCAGACAAUAAUUGCCAGAAGUUACCACAUCGCUUUCGACUUUUACCCAAGUCAGCCAAUGCAUAUUCCUGAUGUUACAUCCAGUCAAAGGGAAGUAGCAGCUCAAGAAAUCCGAAAGCUGCUUCAGAAAAGGGCCAUCCAAAGAGUUCCACAAGACCAGAUAGGAUCCAGAUUCUACUAGAGGUUCUUUUUAGUGCCAAAAAAGCCAGGGGGACUGUAGGCCAAUUCUGGACCUCAACAUCGUAAACAAAUUUAUCAAACAAAUGAAAUUCCAGAUGGUCACGGUUCAGUCUAUACUUCCUUUUCUGGAGAAAGAUGAUUGGAUGUGAUCAAUAGAUCUACAGGACAUGUAAUACUACAUAAAAAUGGACAAAUGCUCCAGAAUAUUCCUCCGCUUCCAGUUGGGAGCCAAUCACUACCAAUUCUGAGCGCUACCCCUUGGUCUCUCUACUGCCCCCAGAGUGUGCACCAAAUGCAUGACAGCGGUAACAGCUCACUUGAGGCUGCAAGGAUUCCGGGUGUUUCCAUAUUUAGAUGAUUGGCUCCUCACUGCCCCAACCAAGCAUCUACUGGUUUCAGCCACUCACUACACUCUACAACUAGUGGAACACUUAGGGAUAGCAGUAAACAAGGACAAGUGCAACUUGAUUUCUUCUCGAAGAUUGGAGUUCAUAGGAGCAAAUUUUGACAUUCAGUCUUGCCUAGUCUCCCUCCCACUCUUGAGACUGGAAAGACUCAGAUCUCAACUCCGGGUGAUAAUCUGUCAGGACAAAUCUCUGGCGAGGGCAGUCCUCCCAACUAUUAGGGUUAAUGGCAGCAUCAAUAACAAUAGUUCCACUAUCAAGACUACACAUGAGACUACUACAGUGACUUUUACUAACGCAGUACUCCACUUAGACUCACCCUAUGUCCUUUCAAAUCAGGAUAACAAAUCAGUGUAAACAAAAUUUAAUUUGGUGGAUGAAGCCAGAGGACCACCUAUGGAGUCAGUUUCUCUCCCUCCUCAGUCCAGAGCCAUAGUGACCAUGGAUGCCUCCCUGAUGGGGUGGGUGGGUGCAUUUCCAGAGAAGGACAGUCCAAGGCACCUGCUCACCCCUGGAGGCCAAUCUUCAAAUCAGUAUCCUGGAACUGAGAGCAGUGCUUCUAGCAUUGCAAGCAUUUCAACCUGUUCUCCCUUCAAGAAUGAUUGAUAUCCAAUCCGACAACAUUUGAGUAGUCUGGUACAUCAACAAACAAAGGGGAGCCAAGCCCUACCCAUUGUGUCAAGAGGCCAUGAGAUUUGGCAAUGGGUGAUGGCUAACACCUGCUUUCUAAUAGCAACGCACAUUCCUGGGGAUUCCAACGUAAUUGCAGACAAAUUGAGCAUGUGCAUACUCCUGGCGCACGAGUGGUCCCCUCAAUCCUGUCAUAGCGGCGGAAAUCUUCAGUCGCUGGGGCUAGCCUUGCUGCAGUCUAUUUGCGUCCCCCGCAACUCACAAAUGCAGCAGCUACUUUGCCCUAAUUACCCCACAGGGGAAGUCCCUGAGGAAUGCUCUGCUGCACGAUUGGCCCACGGGACUUCUUUAUGCAUACCCUCCCCUUCCUCUGAUCCCACAAUUUUUGAAGAAGGCUCUUUGGUUAAAAAGCAGAGUAAUUCUCAGUGCACCCUACUGGCCCCAACAAAUUUGGUUUCUCUUUCUUUGGCCUCACCUAGUACAUCAACCAUGGAUUCUGGAUCCAACUCCAGAAUUGCUGUUGCACCCACAUGGGUUGAUGCAUUCAAAAAUAUUGAGCUUCAAGCUGACAGCGUGGCUCCUCCACUUCUAGUAAUUGCCAGGCAAAACAACCUGCCCUUGCCUGUCUGCCACAUUCUUCUGGCUUCCCAUAAACCAUCCACCAAGAAACUUUAAGCAAAUGGAAAAGAUUCAUAAUUUUGUCUCGUAAAAAUGGAGUAAAUCCCUUUUCGGCCCCGCUUUCUACGGUGCUAGAUUACCUAGCUAACCUUUUUCAUUCAGGAGCUGCAGCUUCAACUAAUCGAGUUCACUUGGCGGCAAUCUCCAAUUUUCAUAAUGAUUUCAAGGACGCUUCCUUGAUUUCACACCACCUCUGUAAAACAUUUUUGAAAGGAGUUACAUACAGGCCUCCCUUCAAACAACCGAUUGAGCCCUGGUAUUUAACUUUAGUUUUAGAAACCUUGGCUUGCCCUCCCUUUGAAUCUGCUGCCAAUUGCGAUCUGCAAUUCUUAUCCCAGAAGACUUUAUUCUUGGUGGCCAUUACCUCAGCAAGGCAGAUUUCUGAGCUGCAAGCUUUAUGCAUAAAACAUCCUUGCAUACUGUUCUGUAAGGACAGAGUAUGACUCUGGACUAACCCCUCUUUUUUUACCCAAAGUUAUUUUAGACUUGACUGUUAAUCAAACGAUUGAUCUACCAGUCUUCUUUCCAAAUUUUUCUAAAAUAGAGGAGUGUUCACUACAUUUGCUUGAUGUGCAUAGACAAUUGCGUUUUUAUCUUGACAAGAAAAAAUCGUUAUGAAAACCUGACCAAUUAUUUGUAUCAUUCUCAGGACCAAAACUGGGAAGAUCUGUUUCCAAAGUUACUUUAUCUAAAUGGUUGAGAGAUUGCAUUUGCUUUAUUUAUCAAUAGAACAAAGCUUCUCUACCAUCUAAGGUCAAAGCACAUUCACCCAGAUAUGUUGCCUUCCAUGCAGUAGUUUCCAUGGAUGACAUUUGUGCUGCAGCAACAUGGGCCACUCCUCCUACCUUUGAUAUGGUCUCCAUGGGGAGAGCUUCCUUUGGUUCAAAGGUAGUCAAGAAUAUUCUUCCAUAGGGUCUCCCAGGAAACAAAGUAGCUAGGGACUCUGCCCCAUUAGUAAGAAAUGAAUGAAAAUAACAUCAGAUAAAGAAGUUCUAACCGUAGUGAUCCAUUCCAUCUGUGUUGUUGAUCUUUAUUCAUUCAUUACAACCCACCCACCAUCCCCCUCCGAAAGACUCCUGGAGGAUCAGAAAUGGCCAUAGCCUAUGAUAGGAAAGCUGCUUAGAUAAAGCCUCCACUUUCUUCCUUGCGGGCAAACUCGAUCUGAGGUAAUAUAUAGAGGGGCACUAUGGGUAAGACUUAGCUCGAGAGUUUUUUUGUCUGGUGCGAGCUUGUUAGAACGGCCAACUCUGUUCUGAGGACUGAACCAACACCCAUCAGUAAUGAAUGAAUGAAGAUCAACAACACAGAUAGAACGUUCUGGUAAGAAAACGUCUUUUUGUGUUACAUCAGACCCAAACUACAGUGUGGAAUAUUAAUAUGGAAACCUUAUAAGAGAUUAGCAUGGGUAAAUUGGAAAGAAGUAUAUCAUGGGCAUCCAUGGAUGUGAACAUUUAAGUUAUAGUGAAAAAUUAAAUGUCUGAACUUGUACAGUGUUUCAUGUAGAUAUUUAAGGGGAGACCUUAUUCUGGUAUAUAGGGCAUUUAAAGACUGUUACCUUUGGGAAUGUUUGGGGUUAUUAAACAGUAGUAGAGAAUUGUCAAUCUGAAUAGGAGAUUAUAUAGGAAUGAGAGAUGUACUAAUUGCCUCUUUGAAGAGAGUAGGUGAUUCAUGGACUAGACUAUCAAAUUAUAUUAAAGCAAGCACAAGUUUAAACAUUUUUAAGAAUGCCUUGGAUACUUUAUUAUGGGAAUGAUAGUAUAUUGGCAGGCUAGAAGAGCAUUAUUAUACAUGCCUGAAAUGUUUGCUUGCAUCAGUGUAACCAUUUCUGCCCUUUGGAAGGGUCCAAGUCUUGAAUUUUACUCUUGUUACAGAUGCAACAGAUGGUCGACAUUCAGAUCCUCCUGUGCAUUUUUGGCUUUUAUGGCUGCUACAGUUUAUAUGGUGCUAUUUGUAUGCUUAAUGAUGAGGAUAUUGCAAUGAACUUUGAGAUGACAGUAUUACAUGUCUGCUAUACCUUACUUUAAAAGGAAUAAAGGAGCUAAAAAAGGA